AUGCUGGUGACAUCUUCUCAAACCCCUUUGCUCGACCCGCGUCAACCAAAUGCCAUUCUGGUGGCCAUUGGAGGCCUUAAUGAAGCAAACGUCAUCUUAAACAUUGAUGCAUAUGACAUCCGGGUCAACCGUUGGUUCCAGUUAACAGCCCCUUUAGAAUCCCCUCGUUAUUGCCACGGCACCGCCUUCCUGAAUGGAUAUAUUUAUGUCAUUGGUGGCUCGGACGGAAAUGAGCAGUUGAACAGUGUGUGCAGGUUUAAUCCCAUCAUGAAAGUUUUUGAAGAAGUGGCACCGAUGCAUUUUUGUCGUGUCUUUGUCAGCGUGACUGUGCUGAAUGGGCUCAUCUUUGCCAUGGGAGGCUCUGAUGGGCAGAUGUGUCACAGAUCUGCAGAAUACUACCUGCCCGAGAGCAACCAGUGGACCCUCAUAGCACCCAUGCAUGAAAGGAGGGGUGCCGCCAGUAGCACAGUCCUCCACGAGAAGAUUUAUAUUUUUGGAGGAAGCAAUGGGAGGGACCCUCUGCAAAGCGCUGAAUGUUACAAUCCACAAACCAACCAGUGGACAAGGAUUUUUGACAUGAGCGGUGCAGCGGCGUCCUGA